AUGUGUAACAAUCACCAAUCUAAUCAAAUGAAACUGGAACAAUUAAAUACUACUACUGCUACUACUACCACCCCUCCCCCUCCUCCUCCUCCUCCUCCUCCUCCUCCUACUACUACUACUACUACUACUACUAGUACUACUAGUACUACUAGUACUACUAGUACUAAUAGUACUAAUAGUACUAAUAGUAGUAGUGAUGGUAGUAAUAAUAGUAAGCGGUGGAUUUUGGUUUAA